AGCUUCGCCGUCUUCAGAGCCGACCUCGUCGCCAGCUUGGCCGUGCCUCAGGGCAUCAGCUAUGCCCACCCUUGCCCCCAUCAUCGGACUCUACUCGAGCUUUGUGCCGCCGUUGGUGUACGUGAUGCUAGGGAGCUUAAGGGACUUGACGGUGGCGUCGCUGCUUAUAUCGACCAUGUUGGGGAAGGAAGUGAGUCCCAUGGAGAAUCCGAAGCAGUACUUCCAUUCCAGUUGGCUAUAACGGCCACUUUCUUCGCCGGAGUAUUUGAAGCUAGCCUUGGAUUUCUCAGACUCGGGUUCAUCGUGGACUUCUUGUCGCAUGCGACGAUAGUUGGGUGCAUGAGUGGAGCAGCCACUUGGAGGCGGGAAAGUGGGAUUCUAGCUAGGUUGUUGCUUUCUCUUCUUCCUCCUCACCACCAGAUACUU